UUUCAUCCUGGGGACAGAGGAUGAUGAUGAAGAGCACAUGCCCCACGACCUGUUCACUGAGCUGGACGAGCUGUUCUUCCGGGACGGACACGUCUACGAGUGGAGGGAGACAGCCAGGUGGUUAAAGUUUGAGGAAGACGUGGAGGAUGGAGGGGAGCGUUGGAGUAAGCCCUAUGUAGCCACGCUGUCUCUACACAGCCUCUUCGAGCUCCGCAGCUGCAUCCUCAAUGGCACUGUCAUGUUGGACAUGAGAGCUAACACUAUUGAGGAGAUCGCAGACAUGGUGAUAGACAGCAUGGUGGCGUCAGCUCAGCUGGAGGAGGGGUUGAGGCAGAAGGUGAGGGAGGCCAUGUUGAAGAGACACCACCACCAGAACGAGAAGAAGCUCAGCAACCGCAUCCCUCUGGUGCGCUCCUUCGCUGACAUCGGCAAGAAACAAUCUGACCCACACCUGCUUGAGAGAAACG